CUGGAUAUAAUAAAAUUUGUAUAUUCGAUCCUGAAACCAAAAAAUAUUUGGGUGCUUCGCAUAGAAAAUGUCACAGGAAAAAAUUAAUUAUUCAAGAAAUAGCAAAAGUAACGGAUGAAAAAAUAGUGCCGAUAGCAAAUAAUUCAGAACAAUAUAUUAUUUUCUCAGUUGGUCAACUUCAAUUUAUUGAUAGUUUAAAAUUUUCAUUACCUGGUUUAGCUAAGAUGACAGAAAACUUACAUGAUGAAAAGAAGGGCCAAACUAAAACACCAGAACAAUUAGCAAAAU